AAAACAUGCUUACAGUUAAAAACAUAUUUACAUUUAGUUAAAAGAAGAUUAUAAGUAAUGUAAGUUCUAAUUUACAGAUAAUUUAGUCAUAGUCGUAGUCACACUUCUGGACUGAAAUCUGUUGAUAUCUGUUGCUUCUUUCUAUUAAAAAACACACCAGAAAACAUCAUGCCUCUCAUGGUAUUUUUUGGAUGCACAAUGAUAGCGUUUGGACCUUCACUGGCGAUGUUCAUUCUAACCAUCGCAAAAUAUCCGUUAAAAAUUAUUCUGCUGGUAGUAGGUGCAUUUUGCUGGCUGCUUGCCCUGCUAUUCUCAGCACUGUUAUGGCUUGCUGUGGUCCCCUUGAAAGAACAACUCGCAUUUUCUUUGGUGUUUAGCGUCAUUUUCCAAGAAGGUAUGAGAUAUGGACUUUUUCGGAUGAUGAAAAAUGCAGAAAAUGGACUUGAUGACGCUCUUUCCGAGGAUGAAAAAAAAUCAAUCUCAAACCACAAACUUUCAUACACUACAGGAUUUGGCUUUGGACUAAUGUACGGGUUAUUUUCUAUAGUAAACGUGCUAUCUCAGUCUAUUGGGCCAGGCAGUGUAGGCAUAGAUGGUCACUCUUCAAACUUUAUGCUCAUUUCCGCGUUUUUAACCAGCUCCACCAUACUUUUACACACAUUUUGGAACGUAAUAGUGUUCGAUGCCCUAAAUAAGCAGCAAUAUUAUAAAGUUAUAACAGUCGUUUGCUUACACAUGUUAGUCUCUUGCUGCAGUUUGCUUAAUGUCCAACAAAACCUUGCUUAUGUAUCAGUGAUUGUUUCGUAUAUUGUUCUUAUUGGCACAACAGUAUGGGCCUUUAAAGCAGCAGGGGGCAGUGUUGUGAAUAUCAAAUCUUGCCUAAACCGUGUUAUUCAAAAAAUUCAAAUUAUCACCUUAAUUGUAAUGUCUGAAUGGUUGGGUUCGAUUGUUAAGGAAUUAGCUGUACCAGGGAGCCCUUGGUAUAAAGUCCGUACUCUGUUAGCUGCCAGAUUUGCAGAGCGAGUUCGUUUAGAAGGUUUCACUCGUGAACAAUUGAUAAUUGUUGAAAAAUUUGUGGGUGAAGAAUUUUUAAGGGAACAUAAACUUUACAGGGAAACGAACUGGUCGCCACGGGAAAAAAGCCCAAUUUCCGAGGAAAAAAUACAAGUUUGUUUAAAAGAUUUAAUGGUAAAAGCUGGAAAAGACGCGAACUGCUCAUUUGCUACAAAUUUAGAUGACCGACCUGACUGCUUUGACGAAUGUAUUGCAAUAGUGAAAAAUAUGAGCAUACACAAUACAUACAAACUUGUUUCGAAAGAUGUAACAAAUCAAACUUUAUAUCCAAUUCUGCUUAAAACCAGCCAGGAUUCUGAGCUCCUUGGACAGCAAAUGGUGCAGAUUUUACAAGCAGAUAGCAGUAAACUAAAUGCAGUUGUUCAAGCCAUUAAAGAUAAGCCUAUGUCUGUAUCAUUGCGAAGAUACAUUUAUAGGUUGCUGUUAAUUAAGAGGAAAAAGCGGUCUUCAAGGGGCAGUCGGUCUAACUCAAAUUCAUCUGUUGAAAUAUCGCAACUGGAAAUAAGAAAACAGUUUGCUCAAUCUGUAAAACAAGGUCUAAUUCAGCUCAAAAUAAAAGACGCGACAAAAUCCCCGGUUUCGUACCUUAUAAGUUCUUCAAUUGUAGAGUCUUUUACAAGUAUAAAAGGUUUGGAAAUUUUCUCUGAAGAUUUGGCUUUACAGCAACAAACAUUGAGAGUUUUAAAUAUUUUCUAUACAGCUGUGCAAAAGUUUGAAUACUACUAUGUUCUAUGGUGCUUGCCUCUGCAAGUUGUUCUAAGCAAGGAAAACUCACCUAAAGAGCAUGACAUUGAAAUAGCAAUGUGGUUGGACAUAUUAAGGGAAUGCACCCCACAGCCAGCAGUGCUGGAAAAAAUUGUGACUUCUGUUUGGAAAAUUGUCACCAGUGCUGAUUUUUUGGGUGGAAAACUCAAAACCCAUUUCUGGGCCAUGGGAUUAGGGCUUAAAGAUUCUGAAGUUAAAACUGCUUUUGGGGAUGCCUACCUACAAAGAGCUAAGGGCCAAAUUAAGCCAACUUUACAUCCGAUCAUAGUAAUCCGAAACUGGCUACUUUAUCUUUUUGUAGGUUGCACCAGUAUGAGAGUAACGCUAUUUUUUUGGGACCAGUUGUUCUACAGUAAUUGGGACAUUUCUUGCUUUAAGAGAAUUUGCAUUACACUAAUAUCUUGCCUUGAACAUAAAAUUAUAACAUGCAAAGAAAAAAAGGCUCUUUUUGAUGUUUUAACGAACUCUGGAAAUGAUCUGACGUUGGCUAAAAUAUCUGAAACUUGGAAACUUUAUGCAGAUUUGUAGUUUCCCUGUACUUUAAGAACUGUCAUACAAAACUCACUGUAAAAAAAUUGAAUUUUUUUCUGCAUAAACUGAACCAUGCACUUGAUUGUAAGAAAUAUUUUGUCUGUAUGAAAUUAAAAACUGUUUGAACAUAUUUUAUGUGGCUUGUUUUUUAUCUUUUUUAUAUCUUUUUGUAAAUUCUGUAGCCUAUACUUUAUAUAUUUUUAUGUGUCUUGGCUUUUUUAAUUUUUUUAUAACUUUGU